UGUUUUUGCACAGCGGCACAACAAGCCACAAGUCUAGCAUUCGGUAUAAAAACGAAAUGGAAGCGUGUGGCGUAAAGCAUUUGACAAGCGAGUUUCAACGAAACGGUUAUCAACAGCACCAGCCCGUUAGUUAACGCCCAGCCGCAAAGAAACUGUUUAAAAAAUUUGUUGAGCUAAAGAAAGAGGUGAAAGACAAAGCAAGUGACUAAAUAAAAAACUCAUUACUGUGUGUGUGAGCGUGUGUUGCCAAUUACUAGUGUUGGUGCGCCUGCGCAUUAGAACCGGAAGUGCUUACUUUGAAGACCGAUAAACGUAUAAUAAAAAAAAACAAUAAACAGUUACGCGCGUCUCAAACCGCAAACAACCACAAUAAAUUAUUGUAAAUAACCCAAAGCGGAUUUGGAUUUAUACUUGGCGCGCGUGCAAAUAUGCAAGUGCAACAUUUUGUGUUCGCCAGCUGUUUGGCCCUAACAUCGCUGUUACUGGUUGUACAAGCGCAGGGGCCAUUUCCGCCAAGAUUAAGCAUACCUGGUGCUGCACCUGUGGGUGGACAAGUGGUCGCCGGAAGGCCACAAUUCCGCAAUGAUAAGCUGGUGCGUGUACGCCGCCCAAUCGCUUUGCGCGCACAAAACUCCUACAUACCGUCGGUGGCGCCACGCAUACAAGAGGAGCCCAAACCUGUAACCGAGUCAACUGAAGACGAACAACCCGAUGUCUUCUUGCCACAACUGUUACGCGAGCAACAAUUGGUGCAGGCGCAACAAGCACAAUUCCAACAACAAGCAAAUGCUUUCCUCAAUGGCGAAGUGAAUACCAUACAUGAUACACCCUCAUUGCCACAAUUGUUGCAAGAGGAUGAGCAUAUAUUGGCGCCAUCACCGCAACCUGCCUUGCCAUCGACGCGCUUCACCGAACGCCCCACACCCGCUGCACCUGUUGCAGCAACAACGUCUAACAAUCGACCCGUCUUCAAUGACUACGGCAUUGGUAGCUUUGGUGCGCAACGUUUUGGUUUGGAACGUCCACAACAGAGUGCACCUGCACCAGCACCGGCGCCACAGCAGCCACAACAGCGUGUCAAUGUUAUACGCACACGUCCACAGUUGCGUGAACAACGCCCACAGUAUGAAGCGCAAUCCGCACCACAACCGGCACCAGCACCUGUACGUUCUCGUCCACGUCCAGCACCUGCACGACCGGCAAUUGAAUACAAUCAAGUGCAACAAGAGGAGCGUGAGCAACCACAGCAACGUCGCCAACGUCCCGUCGCUCAAACAAUACGCAAAUGGCGUGAGGAGAAUGAUGAUGGCAGCAUUACCUGGGGUUAUGAGAAUGAUGAUGGCUCAUUCAAGGAGGAAAUCAUAGGCACAGACUGUAUUACGAAGGGCACAUAUGGUUACAUUGAUCCCGAUGGUAACAAACGUGAGUACCACUAUGAGACCGGCAUCAAAUGCGAUCCCAACACACGUGAAACGGAAGAAGAACUUCAACAAAAUGGUUUCAUUAAUUACGAACAAAAUACAGCUGUUUUGCCGAAUGGUAUUGAGAUUGACAUGACACAGAUUGGCAAGAAGAAAUCCAGACGGCCGAAUUCCAUCUACAGGAAUUAGCUUUCUAAUACUUAUAACAUAUACAUAAAAUGUUAAUAUUUAAGCUAUCAAAAAUAUCAAUAUUUACAACUUUAAUUAUAAACUAUAA